CCAUUUUGGCUCAAGCGUUCGCAAGGUGCCGCCGUCCCGCUGCGUGAUGGCUGCGCCUAGAGGGGCUCGCGCGCCGAUGUCCGCCGCCGCCACGCUCGUGGAGGCGGCCGUGCGCGGCGCUGUCCUGGGUGGGGCCCCGCGCCGCACCGUCGCCGCGGUGGCGCGGUCGGCCGUCUCGGCAGCGCUCUUCGCGGAGCGCGCCGAGGCGCCCGCGCCGCCGCCGCGCGACGCUGCUGCUGGUGUUGCUCCUGACGUUCCUACCGGACCGGUGCCCGAUGCUGGGGCUGCCGCCGACCCGCGCCCUGCGGCGCGGGCCGCGAAGCGGCGGCGGCGGCGGCAGAGGCGCGCGGCGCGCAAGGAGGCGGGCGCUGGUGCGCACGCCGAGCCUGGCGCCCACGGGAUGGAGGUGGAGCUCGGCGACGAGUUCAACGAGUUCAACGACGAGUGGGCUGACGCGGCGCGUCGGCCUGCAGCCGCGGCGGCGGCUGCGCCGAAGGCGCCCGUGGCGCCUGCUGGUGCGGAGGCUGCUGGGCCGAAGCUGGCGGAGAUGUCGGAGGCUGUCGCUGCGGCGUGCGUGCGCGCCCUCGCGGACCUGCCCGACGCGGAGCCAGCGACGAUCGAGAAGGCGCUGGAGGCGGAGUUCCGCGCCAGCGGCAUCGGCAUCGGCUCCGAUGCGGCAGGGUGUGGCGGCCGCCCGCUGCGGUAGCCACCCGUGCCACCCUGGGCAUCGCUCGUGGAGGAGGUCUGCUCCCGCGAGGUGCCCGCGCCGAGUGCGCCCGGUGUUCGCGCUGGCCUUCGGCAUCCAUGUGGUCCUCUUCUGAGGGCCGCCCGCUGGACGGGCCCGUCGUCUCCCAGGGCGACCCCUGAGACCCCAGCUUGGCGCGGGGCUACUUGGCGGGCGUGUGGGAGGCGACGAGUCCGCCCAGCCUGGACGACCCCGCCGUCUCCCUGGCGCCCCCUUCGGGGGGAGUCGGGGCGGCGUCGAGGCCGCCCACACCUCUGCGCUCAGUCUGUGCCUCAGACGCGGCCUCCGAUGACGCUCCUGACGCUCCUGACGCUCCUC